AUGCUGCGCAUCAUUCGCGUAUGCUAUUACUUGCGAAGGCGGUAUAUUUCUGCGUAUUCGCGGCAGAUGCGUCCUGGGAACCUUUCGCGGCAUAUGUACUGCGGGCUUCUGACGGCAAUGACCGUUUGCAACGCUGUAAGCGGACAGUUAUUGACAGCGUUUGCAGAUCGGUACAGCUGCCAUCGAAACGUGGCCCUAACUAGUUUCACCCUAUUUGUGAUCUUCACGUGCAGUUUGGUAUUUUCAAAUCACUUUGCCUACACAGCCGGUGUUGGGAUUCUGGCCCAAUGCUAUCUCUUCUCAACAAUUGAUGGCUACUUGGCGCUUUGGAUCAUCGACCUCGGUGGGAAUUCGAGCCUUGUUGGAGCCAUGUAUGCUGUGGCGUCGAUUGUUGAGAUCCCACUUUUCUUUUGGAGCGAUCGUAUUUACCAUCGGAUUGGAAUGAAGUGGGUUUUGGCCAUCACUAGCGUUGCCUAUCUUAUCCGUGUCGUCUCCUACUCGCUCCUUCAGAAUCCAUAUUAUGUGCUGCUAAUCGAGCCCAUUCACGCGCUCACAAUUGCGCUCUUCUGGGGACCUUGCGUAACUUAUAUGAACGAUGUCCUUCUACAUGAGAAACCUCAUCUCAAGGCUACUGGUCAAGGUUGGCUAUCAGAUGUGGGGGGCAUGCGAUUCAUGUUCCGCUCCACGUUGGUCGCAGUUGGCUCCCUGAUGAUCCUUGUUAUUAAUUUUUGGCGCCUGGAGCGCUUCGCCCAGGGUUGUGGCUCAGUUCCGAAAGGAGAGACUCUGAAGGGCACAAAAGACGAGAAAAAGUCGCUGCUUGACUCUCACAUACCGGAACAGUAG